CACAGUGUGGAGUUUGAUUUUUGCGCACUGACUGAUUUCUGGCACUCUGUUUGUUUGUUUGUUUUGUUUUGUUUUCUGUGUGCAUGGCAUCCGCAUCUACCUCAGCCUGGAAAAACGUCUUCUAAUGAGCCAACGUCCAGGUCCUCGCCAGCCCGCAACUUCUUGGAUGAUGACAUUGGCGGCGCAGUGCCGCCCUUGCAGCCUAUGGGCUCCGGCAGCAUGCUGGAACCGCUUGGCAUUCUCACUGCAGCACCAGUGUCAUCCGGCUCUGCUACACCACCAACGAGCACAAAAGAUCCUUCGUCUGGCAUCAUGAAGCCACAUGUGCCCGGAUUGGGAUCAAGUCCAGGCCGCUUCACGCCCGAAUCACCCCGAUCGCAGAGUCCACUAAUGGUGGGUCGAAGAAUGUCGUCUGGCUCUUUGGGCAGUAACACUAAUUCUUCCGGCAAUGCCUCGUCACCACAUGGCACUGGACUGUCAGUAUACGCCCUGUUCAAUGAAACUGUCAACGCUCUCUUCAAGGGCUCCAAUCUAUCCAGUACGCUGAUAAAGGUCACCGGUGAACUGCAGCUCUCAUUCCCAUCCACUUGCCUGGGUCAGAUCACACCGCUAGCGCCACCGCUCGUCUUGCGAAUCCAUCCCACCAGCGGUGUAGAUCAGGCGCAUGCCAAUACGCACUUGCUGGAAACCGACUCUACCUCGCCAAGUGGGGAUGUGUGCUACAGGUUCAAGAUGGCACCGUUACAAGCGUUCCUGAAGACACAGCACGAGGCAGCGCCGAACGCAGCUUUCUUCAAGGUCGACGUUUUCAAGUACCAUGCCAAGGUGACCUCAGCUGCAGCACUACCUAUCCAUGUCAACUGCCUGUGGAAAAGCGAUGAGACUGUAGCCAAUCUGAAAGUGAAUUACGCAUACAACCCACAGUGUCGACUCAACCCCGCACCCAUCAAGUUUGUGUCGUUCUUAACGCCUACUGAAGGUGUGAGUAACGUGCAGUCCAGUGGACAAUCACAAUGGGCCAAUGAUCGGUUAGUUUGGAAAAUUCCUGAAAUUGCGGCUGGCACUUCCUCCAGCCUUUUAGCCAAGAUGGAUUUGAAGAGCGGUCCUGGCCGACCGCCACAAGUCGCUGUACAAUUCUCUUUUGAAGGCCAAUGUUUGAGUGGAUUGAAUAUGGACAUUGCCUCUCCUGGCUAUCACCUCGCAUUGAUGAAGUAUCGCCUUGCUACCGGGAGGUACAUGGCCGAAGUAUAGCCAAAGCUAGUAGACUGCAUUCCGAGAAGUCGCCUGUUUUCUCUUUGCCUGUAUGGCACACCGGUACGUUGUUGUACACCGGUACUUGAUGUAGCAAUGAUGGUGAUGAUGAUGAUGUUUGGCGAUGCUAGGCUGGUCUUCCCAAUCGCCCAACUAUCAACGUCCGUCGUCACCUUUGAGCUGUUGCAGGAGCUUGGUCUUGUGUGGCGCAUUCAGGUGUCUUCCAUUUUUCUGUACAAAGGGUCUAUCUUCAUCAUUUUUCCUGUCUUUUCUUUCUUCUUCGAUUGUUCAUGCAAUGCUGUUGCUGCCUUAUGCCAUCCAUAUAUUCGCUAUGCCCCUCUGUUUUUUGUUUGUUCGUCCGCUCUCUUCUGGUCUGUGUCCUGUCUAUGUUCUGUUGUCCCUGUUGUUCCCGUUAACCCUACGAGUAUUUCCUUUUUAUAUUUUACUGUGUGUCAUAAUCAUACCAGCUACCUUACCUGUGCCGUGUGUCGCUGUGUCUGCUUUUCUUUAGUUUUGGCUGCUGCUGAUUGUUUCCUCUUUUGGUUUACCUAACAAUGCUCUCUCUCCCUCUCUCUCCCUCUCUCUCUCCCUCUCUCUCCCUCUCUCUCUCUGCUCAAGUUGAUGUGCAUAUGCAUUUCAAUGCUUCACCAGUCUCACUAAGAUCAUAGUGUGUCAUUCAUCCAGUCUUCAACAGAAGCCCAGCCCGAUGCCCAAGCCACCGCCUGGACUCCUGACAUCAGAACUUUGUAUUCGCUAAUCAGAGGAAUUCCAGCCAUCCAUAGUAUAUGCGUGAGUGUGUGUGUGUGGUGUGGUGUGUGUGUGUGUGUGUGUGUGUGCGAGAGAGUGUGUGCGUGUGUGUACUUGCGCUCUCACCAGCUCAGUCGGAUUUACGUUAGUGUGCCUGUCACCUAUGAAGUGUGCUUUUCCAGUGCUGAAUAUUUCUGCUGUCGCUGUAAUUAUUUACUCCCCCAGAAGCCGAGAUCCACCAGAUAUUCAACAGUGCAUGUCUGUGCAGUUCCCCUUUCCUAUCUGAAACAAAGUUAUUUUCUUGUUAUUCGUUUUCUCAUCUAUAUUUGAAAGAUGGGAGUAUCCGUGUCUGUCUGCUUGCUGUACGGCACGGCAGCCUGCUUGUUUUCUUCUGUGCCUUCUCGCUUGUAGCCUCCUGUUCCUUAGGUUUCACGUGCUUUACGCAGUCUGGUGUCGCUGUGCAUGCUUGUGCUUGUGCUGGUCUAGCACACUUGCCUUGUCCAAUGUUAGUGGUCGUCCUGAACCCCGUCGUGUAGUUCUAGUGUUUCCUUAGUGUUAUUAUUUUAGCCCUGCUCUUGCCAGGACAUGAUAAGGACAGCCGGUAUAGAAGUA